CCCCACACCAUCCUCCUCGCCUUCUGGAUGAACGCGCCCCCGCGCGCCCUGACCAAAUACAUCCAACGCUACCAAACCCUCUAUCCCAGCGCCCGCAUCCUCACCCUGCACAGCACGACCCGCGACUUCCUCUUCCCCCCGUCCCCCACCACCCAACAACGUCUCCUCCAACCUGCCGUCGACUACCUCCUCAUCCAACCCCAAUCCCAGCCCCAACCCCAAGCCGAGAACAAAGAAAACACCACCACCAUCCACAUCCACCUCUUCUCCAACGGCGGCAUCUUCACCACCACCACCCUCCUCUCCGCCUACAAACACACCACCGGCCACCCCCUCCCCAUCUCCUCCAUGAUCAUCGACAGUGCCCCCGGCAAGCCUACCCUCGCGGGAGCCUUCCGGGCAUUUUCCUUCAUCCUGCCGGCGAAUUUCCUCCUUCGGGUGCUCGGGCAGGUCGUGCUGGGGGUGUUGUUGGGGGUUAUGUUUGGGGGGUUUUGGGUGUUGGGGGUGGAGGAUGCGGUGAGGUUGGGGAGGAGGAGGGUUAAUGAGGGGGGUUUAGUGGGUGGUAUUAGUGGUAAGGAUGGGAGGUUGGGGAGGAGAUGUUAUGUGUAUUCGAAGGAAGAUGGGUUGGUGGAUUGGAGGGAUGUGGAGGAGCAUGCGCGGGAGGCGGAGGGGUUGAAGGGGGAGUUGGGGCUGGAGGUCGUGCGGAGGGAGAGGUUUGUGGGCUCGAAGCAUGUCGCGCAUAUGAGGGGCGAUGAGGAGAGGUAUUGGCGUGUGGUGAGG